CGCCUUUCUGGACGGACUCAUUUAAAGUUCAAGGAAAAUAUUAUUAAGUUGUUGUCACCAUUUCUAAAAUAUUUUUGAGAACAUGUGUGAACAUGCAAACAAAACUGUUGGAAGUAAGGCUAUUGUCAUACUUGGAACUCAGUGGGGAGAUGAAGGGAAAGGCAAGAUAGUGGAUUUGUUGAGUCAGUCUGCUCAUGUUGUCUGCAGGUGUCAGGGAGGAAACAAUGCAGGCCACACAGUUGUGGUGAAUGGUGUCAUGUAUGAUUUCCAUCUCUUGCCUAGUGGUUUGCUCAACCCUGAUUGCCUUAAUGUUAUUGGUAAUGGUGUUGUCAUCCACUUGCCUGGUCUCUUUGAUGAGAUAGAGAAGAACGAAUCGAAAGGUCUGACUAACUGGCACGAUCGGCUUUUUGUUUCAUCACGUGCUCACUUAGUGUUCGACUUUCACCAAGCUGCUGAUUCUAUGGAGGAGUCGGGAAAAGGACAGAACCAAAUUGGAACGACAAAGAAAGGAAUUGGACCGGCUUAUUCAUGCAAAGCAGCCAGGUCAGGAAUAAGAGUUUGUGACCUCAUACACGAUUUCUGCCUCUUCAGUGAAAGGUUCAAAUGGCUAGCCAACCUAUACAUGCAGCGGUAUCCAACGCUAAAAGUUGACAUUGACUCUGAAUUGAAGAGAUACAAGGAGUUCAGGGAUCGCCUGGCCCCGCUCGUUCGCGACACGAUCACAUUCCUGUCCAACGAAUUCAGACAACCUAACCGACGAAUCAUUGUUGAGGGGGCCAAUGCCACCAUGUUGGAUAUCGAUUUUGGUACCUACCCAAUGGUAACAUCGAGCAACUGUUCAGUAGGGGGGGUGUAUACGGGGCUUGGAAUUCCCCCACAUGUCGUGGGCAAGAUAUACGGGGUCGCCAAGGCUUACUGUACCCGAGUAGGCCGGGGGGUUUUUCCCACUGAGAUGGAUAAGAAAACAGAUGAGAUAGUGAGGAAGAGAGGGAACGAAUACGGAGUGACCACGCAGAGAGCAAGAAGGUGCGGAUGGUUUGAUGCCUUCCAGCUUUCAUACGUCGACAAAAUUAAUGGAUUUUCUGCGUUGGCAGUGACAAAGCUGGACAUCUUGGACGAAUUCGACGAGGUGAAGAUUGGUGUCGAGUACUUGAUAGGUGGAAAAAUCAUUGAUUACUAUCCUGCAUCGCAGGAAGAACUGCAAACAGUUUGCGUGAAGUACAUCACCCUUCCAGGCUGGAAGUCCCCAACUUCAAACGUCAGAAGUUUCGACGGGCUGCCUUUAAAUGCCAGAAACUACAUCGAGAAGCUGGAGGAACUUGUUAACAUUCCAAUCAAAUGGAUUGGUGUUGGGAGUUCUAGAGACGCCACUAUCUGCAGAUGUGUCCAGGACAAGCAUUAAAAUAAAUGCUACACCAACUAUUUAAGAUCAAUAUCGGUCUACUCAAAAGACGAAGUUAUAUUUAAUGUAUGUAUAUGAGGAUGGCUGUUGGUUCUUAUAUUUUGUUCUUCACUUUGCAAUUUGAGACUUCACUUAAUUGGACUGAUUGGCUUAAUGCAUUGCAUUCAUUCACUGAUACCGCUAUAUGUACGUACACUCGCGUACACAACACAAUGCACACAUUUGCUCAAUAAAUGCAUGCACACGCACACACACACUAACUUACUUGUGCGCAAACAUGUAUUAGCUCAAUUGGCACAUUAGGUUAUUACCAGAAAGCUGACAAGUAUGUGUAAUAUGGAGACACAAAUAAUUCAUAACCGAUCCACUGCUACAAACACACAACACAUGAAUAUAAAUAUAGUUUUGAAGAGCUUUGCAAAUAAUUCAGUGAGUGAAAUUAUGUCAUUUAUGUAUGGGUGUUCUUUUCCUGUCCAUUCUCUCCUUUAUUCCUUUCAUGUGGUGCAUCCGCCCGGAAUGUGUAUGCGUGUCAAAUCAUGUGUUUGAAGUUUGCGGUGUGUGUGUGUGUGUGUGUGCGUGUGUUAAGUUCUAGAUGUUGCACGGAUUUUACCACAUUUUGGGUAUUUUCUUGUGUGUGAGAUUGCAGUGAUUCACCCACGAUUAUAUUUUAAUAGGAGUUUUACACAACAAUUCAAACAAGUUUGUUUCUUCUUUUGCAAAUUAUGUAUACAACAUAUACAUAUUCUGACGUUGUUUUGACGUUGUUUGCAAGUGAUUUUUGUUGUUUAUUUGUUUGUUUAAUAACUAUCGUCACGUAAUUAACUAUCUUGUUGCUAAAAUUUAUGAUACAGAAUUUCAACUUAGCCUAUUUUUGUACCAAUGGCUGCUUUUGUUUAUUAUUUUUGUAGUAAUAUUUAGGCACUUUUCAUUGUUGUUAUAAGUUAAAUACCGUUGUUACUGUUAGAUGUCGUUGUUAUCUCUGCACAGUUGAACGCUGAUUUACGAAUAUCAUUGUUACUCAUUUGUUAUCUCGUGAUUUAAAUGAUGUUAAAUAUAUAAACAUGCUGCUUUUUGAUUCCGCCCAGUCUCUCAACCAGUCAGUCACUCGUCAGCUGGCCACUUGACUUAAUGACAUAUUUCAAUGGUUUCAAUGUUCCUUUCAAAAUGAUUUUAUUUAAAAUGUUUCGUCGAUUCUA